CAUAGAUUGGUUAGUAAUUGUAAGAAAAUGUCGAAGGCUAGAGCAAUGCAGCGAAUUGAGAAGGAGUUCAAGGAGUUGAAUUCCUCUAAAUCUGAUUACAGUGUUGGUAGAGACGAAUCAAACAUAUUCAAAUGGAAUACAUUCAUUCAAGGACCCGUUGAUACUCCCUAUGCUGGUGGUGUGUUUCCCAUCGACAUUGAGUUUCCUAAUGACUACCCUUUUAAACCACCCAAGUUUACCUUCAAAACUCCAAUUUACCAUCCAAAUAUCAAUUCUCAAGGAUCAAUUUGCAUUGACAUUCUUAAAAACAAUUGGACUCCUCCUCUCACUGUUGAAAAGGUGCUUAUGUGCAUAUCUUCACUAUUGGCGGAUCCAAACCCAGAUGACCCUCUUGUAGCUGAGAUUGGACAACAGUUUAAGAGUGAUAAGCCCCAAUUUGAGGAGACAGCCCGGGAAUGGACUCAACGACAUGCGUAAUAUAGUUUUUUCAUCAUAUUUCUCCUAUUUAUUAGCCAUCAAUUGCUUACUAUGGAAUUAUGAUAUGUUAUUAUGGACUUCUUAACUAUAUGAUAAAUAAAAGUCGCAAUCUUCAUUUUGAUUU